UUUCACGGCUGCGUGAGCCAGGAGAUGAUCUCGUCUUGAUAUAGCACACUCCAUGCACGGGUGCCGUGGCUGCGAAGAGCUUCGCUUCUCAGAAGACGGUAUCGGAUGUCGACACGAGCUUACACGUACGGAGAGCACAAUGUGCCUUGUCCAAAAACAAAGGCAGUCUAGAGCCAUGGUUCUGACGAUAUAAAUCUCUUCAUUGGCGAUGGCAUGGCCUGGGCUACCGAAUCACCACAGACGCGCUGGAAGAGAUCAUGGAUUCCAUGUGGACCAACCUGCUUAGACAAGAUGAGCGAUGCUGCCUCGCCAUCUGCCUGGCGGUCAAUUGCCCUGACAACGGGCUGACCGACGACACGUGGUACCCGCCGCUGAACAGAGUCAAAGAAGAUAUGAACAGCACCGCGGGAGAUCGGUUCAUCGCCUACAUCAUAAGCUGCCUGUGUGGGCCACUACAAGGCAAAGAGUUCGUCGUCAAGGUCGCCGCGCUUCUAGCGUGCCUGAAAGUCCGCGAAGCGCCCGAGGAACGUGACGACGGCCCGUCGGACAACAGGACCAACUUGUUAUUUGAGUUUGACAAGACACUGAACUUUGACUUUGGAAACAUGCUCAUCACCAUCAAAGUGCUCGAACAGGUUUUGAUGUUCUCCGCGCGGAUUUGGGAAAUCCAUGCGCCGGAAGACACCGUUCACCCCGGGACAUUGCCAGCAACUUUCGAUCUCUGCGAUGAUUCGGUGUCGAGAAAGAUGCUAUAUAUGUACUGCUGCGUACGAAUCUUGUUUCCCGACACUCACGAGGCGACCAUGCACCGAACACGGGCCGUCUUCCAGAUGAGCUCUGCAGAUGCGGCCGAGCUGUUUCUCGAUACGCUCAGCGACGACGAGUUGGGGGCAGGGGACGAGGACCUGUUUGACGGCGAGGGCAACGAGUCUUACCGUUCUGACAUGUCUGACGUUGAAUCUGGCGAAGACUCAGACCUGUCGGAAGGAGGAAGGUUAGACGACGAUUGUGAUGAUUCAGACGUCUCAGAUGAAAGCUAUGGGCCUGGCGCAGAAGAAGACGAUAGCGAUAUAGAGUAGUUGCUGAGUUCGUUACGCAUGGGGGUGUG